CAGCAGUGUAAAGCGCACACUAGCCACACACAAAAGCGUAAGCUUCAAGUCCGCCAAAAAUCACCUCCUGUUCAUCAUCAAUCCUCGUACGUCCUGCUAAUUUUUUUGUUGUUCACUUCCCCAACCUAAUCUAGGGUUUCAGAGAGAGAGCUGUUUUUUGCGAUCCGAUGUUGCCUUCGUGUACCACUGUAAUUCAUACAGCAAGAACAGAGCUAUUCACUACUCUCGGAAACAGAUUUAUUGCUCCUGUGAAAACUCAUCAUCAUCAUCAUAGAAGCACAUGCAAAUUGAAUAGGAGGGGCUUUGCAUUCACAGGAAUUGUCGCUGCUGGAACUUCAGUCAUGCCCUCUUCUUUGGUUGCUGAACCUGCUCAAGGUUUGGAGAAAUUACCGUUCAGGCCAGAGGGUUAUGAUUUUUGGACAUGGAGAGGUCACAAAAUACAUUAUGUACAACAAGGAGAAGGGAUUCCAAUCCUUCUUAUUCAUGGAUUUGGUGCUUCUGCAUUUCAUUGGAGGUACAACAUACCAGAAUUGGCUAAAAAAUACAAGGUUUAUGCUAUAGACUUGCUAGGCUUUGGUUGGAGUGAGAAAGCAAUUAUUGAGUAUGAUGCCUUGGUGUGGAGAGAUCAAGUCGUGGAUUUCUUAAAGGAGAUUGUGAAAGAACCAGCAAUUUUAGUUGGAAACAGCCUUGGAGGAUUUACAGCUUUGGUGACAGCAGCAGGGUUGCCUGAGCAAGUUGCUGGAGUUGCAUUAUUAAACUCUGCAGGACAAUUUGGAAAUCCAAAUGCGGAAACCAAUGAAUCUGAAGAAAGUGUCGCACAGAAGUUUAUUCUAAAGCCAUUGAAGACAAUUUUUCAGCGUGUAGUUCUUGGAUUUUUGUUCUGGCAAGCCAAGCAACCUGCCCGCAUUGAAUCCGUCCUGAAGAGCGUAUAUGUUAAUUCCUCCAAUGUGGACGACUAUCUUGUGGAAUCAAUAACCAGGCCAGCUGAAGACCCCAAUGCCGGAGAAGUUUAUUACAGAUUAAUGACACGAUUCAUGUUGAAUCAGAGCAAAUACACACUUGACAGUGUCUUGAGCAAACUCACUUGCCCACUGUUGCUGCUUUGGGGUGACUUAGAUCCGUGGGUGGGUCCAGCCAAGGCCAUUCGGAUCAAAGAGUUCUAUCCAAACACAACAAUUGUUAACCUACAGGCCGGGCAUUGCCCACACGAUGAAGUUCCAGAGCUUGCCAAUAAGGCUUUACUAGAUUGGUUGUCUACUUUGCCCUCUGCAUCCACUCCCCAGACACAGACAGUGUGAACUUGUCCCGACUCCAUAGAGCCUUACUGCACCCGAGAUCUGCAUUGAGCUUAUUUAAUUAAUCAUAGAACUUCAUUAGUAGGGAAACUCUCCUAUUCUUUUGAGUGAAUAGGUAUACAGUAACAGUGGAAGUUUCAUUCAAUACAAUAGAGAUUUUUGUAAACUUUUUUAUUUAUUGCAUUUGAAAACUUUUCACUCUCUUGGCUUGGCAAUUUAAGGUAAUACACCUUCACUAGAAGAA